CGAGGGUUUCCAAAUGCGUCGUGACGCAUCUCUCACGUCAGUGACGUCCGGAAGUGAUACAGCUCCUGUUCCUCGAUCAGUUAAUCCACGGUUUUGAUGCGUCUUUAAAUCCGAUCACAACCCAGUGAUGCUGUUUUGAAACUCACCUUGCGUCAUUACUAUAUAUUUUUUCCCUGCAGUGCGGAGAGAGAUGGAUCCGAGCAGGAGGAGCGAGAGCGACUGGCAGGGUCUGGUGAACGAGUUCCUCGUUUGUAAGCGGAAGUUGGAGAGUAAGAAGGAAGCCCUCCUGAUUCUGUCGAAGGAGCUGGACACCUGCCAGCAGGAGAGGGAUCAGUACCAGCUGAUGGCCAACCAGCUGCGGGAGAGACACCAAGGACUCAAGAAGAAGUACAGAGAGCUCAUUGAUGGAGAUCCCACUCUGCCUCCUGAGAAAAGGAAUCAAGUGAAUUUAGCCCAGCUACUGAGGGACUCCAGAGAAAAGAGCAGUGAACUUUCUGAGGAGGUGAAGGAGCUCAAACAACGCCUGGUGGAAGCUCAAGGUGACAACAAGCUUUUACGAAUGACCAUCACCAAACAGAGGCUUGGAGACGAGGAGGUCGGCACUCGACACUUUCCUGCUCAUGAGCGAGAGGAUCUGGUCCGACAGUUAGAAAGAGCCGGAGAGCAGAACGAGGUCCUGGAGCACAGCGUGAAGUCGCUCACAGACGAGCUUCAGGACGUUCGAGCGGAGCGGGACGUGUUUCAGCAGAAGGCUCAUCGGCUCAAUGCGGAGAUCAACCACAUCCUGGGCAACGAUGAGAUACGCAUUUUAGACGUCGAUGCACUCUGCAUGGAGAACAGGUAUUUGCAUGAGCGUUUCUGUCAACUUCAAGAAGAAAUCCACUUGCUCAAAUCAAACCUGGUGAAGUACAAGAGUGCGCUGGACUGCAGGAAAACCUCUAAAAUCUGUGGGAAACCUAACAGUAGUGCGCUGACUGGGGUGCUCUCUGCUAAACAAGUGAAGGAAUUAUUACUGUCUGAAGAAAACGGCUGCAGUUUGCCGGUGACUCCUCAGUCCAUCUCAGACCUCAAGUCCCUCGCCACAGCUCUGCUGGAAACCAUCCACGAGAAGAACAUGGUGAUUCAGCACCAACGCCAAAUCAACAAGAUUCUGGGAAACCGAGUAGCAGAGCUGGAGAAGAAACUAAAAUCAUUAGAAAUGUCUGGAUUAUGGAGCCUGCCAGGCCUGACUUAUAAUGUGUCUCUGGGGAUUUAUGGAAGAGGAAAAGAAACCAUCAUCCUGAACACUCAGCAGGCAGAGCCAACAGAGUCUCCUGGAAAGGAAGGUGAUGAAGUGUCAGAAGAAAUAGCCGUGGAUCAGCAGAGCUCCACAGAAAUCUCCAUCCAAGAGAGUGAACCCCCUGCUGUGUCAGGUAAUGGAAAGGAGCCUCUCGUGGAGACACCAUCGGCGUCCAGCGAGGAAACGUGCCAACCUGCCGAGGAAGAGCCAGCCAGCCCUCAGACACAAACACCAGACAGUGAGGAGUGUUCUGACAUCGGCCAAUCACAGGUCACAACGGAUUUAACCAUUCAGCAGUCAAGAGAAGUGGAGUGUGAGAGUGUUUCCUCUCCAACACAACAUCCGUCAGACCUCUGCCACAUACAGCAAACUUUAGAGAACUCUGACCCCACAGGAGAAAGUGAGGAAGAGUCAGAGGAAUGCACUGAAAAUGUUGAAACCGAGUGUAUUUUGAUACAGGAAAACAUCAAUAGCACAAUGUCACCUGCUGAAGAAGAGCAGGAGGACGUCCAGUCAAACCAGGAGACAGAGCUUACAGGGGAGACAGAUGUUUGUGUAAGUCAGGAAAUGUGAAGUGUUCCAUGAGCCACUCUCGUGGUGCAGAGCAUCAGGAGAAAUCCUCAGAAACAUGAGGAUAAUUGAUACAUUUGAACAUUAUUAAUGCUACUUGAUUCAUUGUUAUGAAUAAUGAAACACACCUGAGUUGUUACGAUUGACUGACAGUAGAAAAAUGAAUAUAUCCCUGUCAGAGGAACGGGAAUGCCUCCUGAGAAACCAAACAAAUAUCUAUAUGUCCACUGUCAGUAACCAACAAUGUUAUUUAUGCUUUCAUUUGAUCUGUUUUGAGUCUUAUGUAUAAAUGGUCCAAAGAAUGUUGAAACCUGAGUGUAACACCCACAUGUGAUUGUUGAACAAUACGCUGCUAUAACAGCCUCCAAAACUUUUUUGGAGCUCAUUUUGGCAGAGAUUAGCUUCCUUCCUAAAACAGGAAACCCAAACCUUAGCCAGAAAGUUUGAAGCUUUAUAAUGCGUUUGUAUCAGAGCGGGAGGAACUAUGAUUCAAGUUCAUUUAAAAAGUAGCAAAAAAGGGCUGUCGAAUUUGUGUUUCAUAAAGUUUGACCAGGUGGGGUGAUUUAGAUUUCUCUGCAUUGACACAAAAUGUCAGUCUUUGAGAUUUACUUAAGAAUGAAUAUGAACCCAACAUUGAAGGAGAAUGUCAUUUUAAUAACAUGUCUAAUGUUGACUCUGGAAUAAGACACUGAUUUAGGUUUUCUAUAGAACUAACAAAAAAAUAAAGGGACAUGUGUAAUUGAAUUUGACAUGAACUUAAAGAGGUGUUGUUGCUU